CUCUGCCAGAUUCUUCUUCACGUUUCCCUUACAGCAGGAGAAGGCUGCAGUAACUGGCCACUACCCACCUCUGUGAAAUAUACAGCUGUGACCGCUCUGCAAGAAACAGAGGAAAGUGCAAACAAGGUGUUCUAAAAGAAUCAAUAGGCUUUGACAGUGUUUCACCUUAUGACUGCUAGAGAGCAGAGUUCGAUAAGAGGUGGCAGCGUGUAUUGGAGGUGUCUAAACAGGAGUCAGGUGCUCUUUUUGCAACCUAGGUGGACGGCCCUAAGAUGGAAGCACUGAGUUCUGCAUGCACCAGUUUCUCACUUGAUUUGUUCAAGAAAUUAUGUCUCAACAACCCUAAUGGGAAUGUUUUUUACUCUCCACUAAGUAUCUCAACAGCAUUAGCAAUGGUUUUCUUAGGUGCAAGAGGUAGAACUGCUGAAGAGGUAUCCAAGGCACUGCAUUUUGAUGCUGUUCAGGAUAUUCAUUUAAACUUCCAAACCCUGAACGCUCAGAUUAAUAAAAAAUCUAGCUCCCACGCCCUAAAUCUGGCUAACCGGUUAUAUGGAGAAAAGACCUUCAACUUUCUUCCUGAAUUUUUGUCAUCUAUCCAAAGUUUAUACAAAGCUGAAUUGGGCACAGUUGACUUUAUAUCUGCAUGUGAAGCUGCUAGAAAGGAAAUCAAUAAAUGGGUUUCAGAACAGACAAGAGGAAAAAUUCCAGAAGUUCUAACUGAGGGGUCAGUAGAUGGAACAACCAAACUAGUGCUGGUGAAUGCCAUAUAUUUUAAAGGAGACUGGGCUGAAAAAUUUAACCCUGAACAUACAACAGAAGAACCUUUUAGGUUAAACAAGAAUGAACAAAAACUUGUUAAAAUGAUGUAUCAGAAGAAAAAACUGCCUUACAACUACAUCCCAGAACUCAGCUGUGGAAUCCUAGAGCUCCCAUAUGUGGGAAAUGAACUCAGUAUGAUUAUCCUGCUGCCAGACAACAUUGAAGAUGAAACAACUGGUUUAGAAAAGCUUGAAAAGGACAUUUCCUUAGAAAAACUUCAGGAAUGGACACGACCUGAAAACAUGAAUCCAACUGAUGUACGUGUGCAUCUGCCUAAAUUCAAAUUAGAAGAAAGCUAUCGGCUUAAAUCAACACUAUCUGCACUGGGAAUGGUUGAUAUUUUUAAUGCAGGUUGUGCAGAUCUAUCCGGGUUAUCAGGAUCUCAGAAUCUUUUCCUAUCUGAAGUAAUUCAUAAAUCUUUUGUGGAGGUGAAUGAAGAAGGCACAGAGGCUGCGGCUGCCACUGCUGGGAUUGUAAUGAUGUGCAUGAUCCUUGAUGUGGAAUUCAAUGCAGAUCACCCAUUUCUCUUCUUCAUCAGGCAUAAUGAAACUAAAAAUAUUCUUUUCUUUGGCAAAUACAGCUCUCCAUAGUAAAAGAAAAUACUGACAUUUAAAUUUGAUAACCAAUGUUUGUUUCUCAGGCUUUAUUGUGUCAUUCAUCAAUGUAGAAAAGCAAAAUUGGAAAAUAAAGGAAUUACUGUUCUUAGAUUGAGGCCCUCUUUUUA